CGUGUCGUUUGAUAUUUUAGCAUUCGGAAAUUAUGAAUAAUUACAUCAAAUUAACUAUUUUGGCGUGUGUCGCAGGAAAAUAUAAACAGAAAAGUGAAAGACGUGUUUUUACUAAACGAAAGGGUUUUUUCGAUUUGGGAUGCGUGGCCCUUAAGAAAAAAAUACACGAAAUUCGUUAUGUAUAUGUCCUAUCUCAGCGUACAUAUGGUUAUAAUGUACAUUGACCUGAUCGAGGCAUUCGGAAAUUUAGAAUCGAUGGUAGGAAACAUUAUAGAUAAUACCAUAGCCACUGCUACCUAUUUUAUACUAUUUUUGCUUCGAUUCAACAAACUGAUCGAACACGGGAUCGUUACUGUGAGAGAAGAAAUUGCUAAGAGUAAGUUUGAAACUGUGGAGGAGAUGCGCUUGUACUUCGUGUAUCACAACAUUUCGGAUAAAUUCGGUAGAUACGCUAUUUCAACGACUUUAGUGAUAGCAACUCUCUGGUACUUGUCACCUAUGCUGCAGUUGUUGAAGCUUGAUUCAGGACAAAGUAAUGAAUCGUCAAAAGCUUAUAAAUUGCCUUUCCGAGCUUAUGCUUUCCUGGAUUAUCAAGACGACUUUCAGAACUUCAUUAUCAUGUAUUUAUACCAGUUUCCACUCAUGUUCAUUGCAUUAAGCCAUAUAAGCGCCAUCAGUUUGUUAGUUAACUUGGUGCUACACAUCUGCGGUAAAUUCUCAAUCUUGUCGUAUCGUAUACAAAAUAUUGCCACGAAUUCAAACGUUAAUUUAGACAGUGUAAUCAAAGAAUUCGUGACCGCGCAUGUAAAACUAAUUACGACAGCAAACUCCAUCAAUUCAGCCCUGCAAGUUUUUCUUUUGGUGGAACUAUUGCAAACAACCAUUAGAAUGGCGACCAUCAUAUACAUGAUGCUUCUAAAUCCCUCGGGAAGUUUCGUGAGCACUUUGACUUACGGUUUAUACAUUUCGAUAAUUAUAUCGAUGUUAUAUCUAUACUCUUUCAUAGGAGAACAGUUGUCAAACGAAUCGAUGAAAGUGAGCGAAGCGUUUUAUGCUACGGACUGGAAUAAUUUAUCGCUGCAUAAUCAAAAGUUAUUGCUUCUGGUUAUGUCUCUUGGACGACAGACAUUGCACGUUACAGCUGGAAAAUUUUAUACCUUCUCAUUGUACGGUUUUAUCGAUGUUAUGAAAACCUCGUUUGGAUACGUUUCUCUUUUACGAACUCUCAUUUAAUGUAACAUGCACACAGACUGUGUUAUAAACUAAAACAGUGCAGUCAACGUCUAAACAUUAUAAGGUAUUAUAAAUAAAUGUUUCAAUCCUA